CCAUGGGAAACACACCUGGGGGGUAGAUCCUGUUCAUAUGUAGCCUGCAUUCAGCUCUGUCAGCAUAUCCUUCUAUUUGCACUCCUGCUGAGCCUUCUGUUCAUACAUUGACUGGGGAAACAUCUGCAUAUAGAAUUUAUAAGCUGGAAAAAGGAUAACUGAGACACUCCAUGCAGGGACAAGAUGUUUCAGACUGUAAGCGACUGGUUUUGGUGGGACAGGAUUUGGCUGCCUUGUAACUACACUUGGGACGACUUGGAAAAUGAAGAAGGAACUGGGGCAGUGUCGCCGUCCCAGCUGUAUGUCACUAUCCCCCUGGCUCUGGUCUUCAUGCUCCUCAGAUAUGCCUUCGAGAGAGCCAUUGCUACACCUGUGGCCGCAGCCAUGGGGAUAAAGGGUAAAGUUCGUCAAAAAGCUCCAGUUAAUCCAGUGUUUGAAAGUUUCUACAUCUCAUGCUCCAAGCACCCAUCUCAUGAAGAAAUUUAUGGCUUGGCUAAGAAAAGCAACCGUACAUCUAUACAAGUAGAACGCUGGUUUAGAAAAAGGCGAAACCAGGACCGUCCUGCUGUUUUAAAGAAGUUCCAGGAAUCUUGUUGGCGAUUCACCUUUUACCUGUGCGCCCUGGUUGGAGGAGUGGCAGUGCUCUAUGAUAAACCCUGGUUCCAUGAUGUGUGGGAGGUGUGGGUCGGAUACCCAAAGCAGGAAGUGCUGCCAUCCCAGUACUGGUAUUAUGUGCUGGAGCUGAGUUUCUAUUGGGCGCUUCUGUUCAGUGUGGCCUCAGAUAUCAGAAGAAAAGAUUUCAAGGUUCAAGUUGUCCAUCACCUGGCUACCAUCUUCCUGCUGAACUUCUCCUGGAGUGUCAAAUAUAUCCGUGUGGGAACUCUCACUUUGCUGGUGCAUGACGUCUCUGAUAUUCUGCUUGAGGCUGCCAAAAUGUGCAGUUACGCUGAUUGGAAGAGGUCGUGCAAUGUCCUGUUUGUUCUAUUUGCGGUGGUGUUCGUCAUCAGUCGGCUGAUUAUUUUCCCUUUCUGGAUAAUCUAUGCUACUACAGUUUACUCUCUGUACUACUGUCCAAGAUUCUUCCUCUACUACUUCUUCAAUAUGCUCAUGUUUGUGCUCCAGUUCCUCCACAUAUACUGGACCUACCUUAUCUUCCGCAUGGUGAAAAAGGUGAUUUCAGGAAAUAUGUCAGGGGAUGAUCGUAGUGACAAAGAGGAAAAGGACAGUGAUGAGAACGAGGACCAUUCACUGACCAAUGGGGAUGGCAAAAGGUCCAUUGUCAACGGCCAAGGUGACCGCUAGCCCACAAAAUUUUCUACAAAAUACCACUCCCACGGACAUGCAGAAUUAUGGAAGAGAUCAGUUAUGAGCGCUGGGCUUCUGGCCAGACAUCAAAAUGGGGAGGGAGAGAAUGAACUCCUAUUGAAGAAGCUCUAUGGUCCUGAAGGUGUGCGGCCCUUUAUUUAGGGGCUGAAUGUGGAGCAGAACAGCCUUAUGUCCAUUUUUAACAUUAACUACAAAACCAGGGUUGAUCUAUAACUGAGAAGAAACAGAGAAACACUAAACCCUCAUCACAGUCACCAUUAGGAACAACCGUGGGCUCACCUGGAAUUUCUCUGUUUCUUUUUGCACUGGCUGCUUCUGCUUCAGGAACUGGGUUAGAGAACAAGAUACAAGAAAACUGAACCGUCCUUCUUGGUUGGAGACCAUAGCAGUGCUGGGACGGACAGUUACUCAUUGCACUAAAACCUGCUGGAGAACAAAGCAAGAGAUCCGAUUUGGGUAGCCCCCAUAGCUUCUUAUAUGCAGUGGAUAGUCCUUAUAUGCAUUAUAUGCAGUGGACUGUCUUCAUACACCGGGCACAAAAAAAUCAUGCAUGUCUCCUCUGGCUAAAUGUAUACUACAAUUGGGACCACAUGCACUGGGCAGAAUCCACACAAAGUAUGGCCUUUGCACCCAAACAGCUGGUGAACUGGAUUCUGGAGAGCAGCGAUGACUCCAGGCAUCGCACAACUAAUGUCAUUUCCAUGAACUCUGCUCUCCCCCCAGCUCACUAAUCUCUGGACCAGUGCAAAAUAAAUGCAAUCUAUGGGGACAGAGCCUGGCAAAUGUAACAAAGUUUUGCCCAAAAUGAACGCACCUUCAAAUUAACGCAACAGGUUUGUUAUAGGGAGAAAAAAUUGUCCUUCAGGUACCUUGCACUCACUUUAUAUAAUACCUGUGCAUUACCGACAUCCAUUGGUGGUACCAAGUGGCCUGUACUGAGUCCAAGGCAACCAUCAGAAAUACAGGACUGCUUUCUCCAGUGUCUGGCCAUGCUGCCAUGUUGUUUACUAUGUAAAAAAAAACAUUCUCACACCAGGACCAUUAAUUGAAGAGUGGAGCUUUUUAUUUCUUCAUUUCGUCAAGCUAUGACCUUUUGAAGGAUACAUUCCCAUAUAUCUUAUACAAUAGUUUAUUAACCCUUCCACAGGUAUAUGCACUGCACUAGCCAAGGGCUAGGUAACCUUAACUGUUAUAUCCGCUGGGGAACAGCCACUCCCAGCAUCCCUCUGGGAGAAAGGUCACCUAUCCCUGACUACAAGCUCAGCUGAGAUUUUUUCCUUUCCCAUACUAGUCUUUAACCAGACUUUAUUUUAUUCGCCUCUGAAAACAGAUUGCGUGUAGGCUACAUUAUACACAGAGAGUGCUAUAUGUUCAGUAAUGGGCACAAAUCACACACAUUACUUCCUUUUCAUUGAAUAAAGGUCUUGUCUGACUUUACUCCGUUCCAAGUGCAUUUUAUAUUCACGAUAUCCACAUUUAAUUAGAUCUUGUUUCUCCCCUUCCAUCGCACUUGCUUCACUAGCAAAACCUUUAACACAUAUCUUCACCUUUAGUCCUUUAAUAGGCGAUGUUUUUGUUUAUAGAUUGCCUCUGCUUGGUUUAAAGUAGCCAACUUGGUUUCCACUGGUUAUGUACAGCUCCCAUACCCAGCAUUCCCCCUUCAGCACUCUUACCAGGAAUAUGGUGAGGUAUAUCCACUGAGGAGCCUACCCACCAUCAUGCUUUUUUCGAGUGAGCCAAUAAUGUCCAGUGCAUAUUCGCUCAUGUAAUGUGUAAUUAUCCAUAGUUUGCUUCUUUCAUGCAGUUGGGGGACAUAGUUCUGUGAGUUCAGGAGGGUUCUGCUCAUUUUGCAUCCAUCGUUGCACUACUGUCAAUAAACUAAGUAAUGGCUGAUGAA